UUGGGAACACAAGCGUUCAGUUGUGUCGACGCCAAGUCGAAGCACUGGUUCAACAUUGACGCCAGACACGUUGUCCUGUCCAGCACACCCAAUGCUGCCCAACCGGUUUAUCACAAGAUACGACGUGAACACCACCAUGAAGCCCCGACGUCCUUUGAACUUUCAAGAAAUGGUUGGGUUUGGUCAAGGGACUGGUGGAUUGCUCCAUCUCGUGUGGUUUCGCUGUCCCGUCCCAAGAAUCGAGCCAACGCGACCGAGGCCACUUCUGAGAGAUAAAUAUUCAGGAUGCCAGAUUUGUGGAACACAAUUGAGGCCAGUAGUCAAGAGCCAUGAUCAGGGAACAGCAGUUCCCAACGGAAUUGACCCUUUUCUUGAUGUAAUUCAUGCUGUUGGCUCAGAAUGGGUUGACACUCACCGGUUUUCGACCUUGAAAAUUAAACAUCGAACAGUGUACUCUUUGUUAAAAGUGAACCUUGCAAAAUAUGUGCUUAUUCCUGAAAUCAAUAGCACUUCAUCUAUGUACUCGCUGAUCCAGAAUAUUGCUCUUUCGUGUUCCCUUUUCAAUGUGGCAAUCCAUUUAUCGCAUCUGAGCUAUUUCACAGCACAAGAAGUGCAACAUUACAACAAUGGAGCUAUUUCUUGAUCACAGCAAAAAUGUGUUUCUACGUUGUUUUACUCAAAUGGUGCAUGGAUGAGCCUUAUUGACAUAUUUGUUUUCAAGAGGAAUUGGUUGUAGGUUUUCUUUCUUUUUUCUUAAGGCAGGCCUAAUUUAACAGAAGGCCUAUAUUUUAGGUAGGAUAUUAUUUAUACUAUAGGCCCAUAUCAGUUUUGAGA